AUGCUUAAUGAAUUCACUGAAUCUCCGUACAGUCAGUCGUUUCGUGAAGGUGAAUCUGGUGAAUUAAGAUGUAUUGCCCCAAAUGCUGUACCAAAACCUGAGAUAAUAUGGUAUAAAGAUGGUAAAAUUGUUGAACGAAGUCAGGAGGGACAUAUAAUUUAUUCAAACGACGAUUCAUUGCUGAUCACACCGGUUUCGUUAGCAGAUGAGGGCAGAUACUACUGUGUUGCACGAAAUUUGAUGGGACAGCGUAAAUCCGACACUGCCAUUAUAUCGGUAUAUGAUUGUGGAAUUUGUUGGCUUGAUGAUUGGGUGGAGAAAAUUUGUUGGAGUAAAUAUGAUGCCGACAAUCAACCAGAAUACGAUGAUGACAUUCAGGAACUUUUUAAAUGGCUGUUAAAAACCAAAAAGCUUAUUUCGGGGUAUGCAUUUGUGCAAAAAUAG